AUGGCGAAGAAGAUGAGCAGCAACCGCUUCACCUCGCCAUCACAGUUCAACUUCACCCUUGCUCUUGAGGCCUCAAUUCUCACAGUCGUCUCCUCCUCCGAUCUCCCCGCACCCCUCCUCCUCAUUCGGAGCGCCAGCUCCGAAGAAGUAGGGGGUUCUGUUUCUCUCUCUCUCUCUCUCUCUCUCUUUCUCUCUCUUUUAUCCGUCUCCUGUAGGGUUUUUCUCUACUGGCAGUCUCCCCCGUGCCGUUCUGGUAUCUUCCUAUUCGUCUCAGAUGCUCGUACGACGACUCAUCUAUGAGUCAGAGCUGUUCAUCCGACCUUAUACAGGGCACGGCCGCAGCAGGCGACUCUGGGAAGAAAGGCCGGAAGCCCUACACGAUGACCAAGUCCAGGGAGAGCUGGACGGAGCAGGAGCAUGAGCGAUUCCUGGAGGGGCUCCGACUGUGAGUUAGCUUGUCCUGCUCUGCUUCUCGUGCUGUUGCUGUCUGUUGGUGGCUUCAUGUUUUGAUGUUUCGUUUUCCAUCCUCAUCCUCUGCUGGGUCACUAAUUCUGCAUGCGUGCUUGAGAGAGACUCGGAAGCUAGUGGGUUUAGUUUUCGAAUUACCGUGAGGAUUGCUGGUCUGUUGGUGUCAGCUUUUAGGGAGGGCAUUUUGAUCUGGAUUGACAGAGUCACUGCCGAGCAAGUGUUUUGAACCACGAGGAACGGAAAAUGAUACAUCUGGUUAAUUGUGCCUUCGUUUUGCGUCUUUUGCUCAAUGCAGAUACAACCGAAACUGGAAAAAUAUCAAGGACUUUGUUGGAACCAAGACAGUAAUCCAGGUGUGCAUUUCGUUGUGAUCAUCUUCCCUUCUUGUGAAGUUAUAUCUUCUUAGUUCGCCAACUUCUUUAAAAUAUAUCGUGCAUUUUCACCUUUUAUUAAAUUAUAUCCACGCAUAUAGUUUGUAAAAUUAUAUAUUAUUUAUCUACUGAGGAUUACCGACUUGAGUUACGUGACUCAUGACAGAGUACUCGAUGUUAUGUGACGAGCAGUCACUCUGUAAAAGCAUAGUUUCUCUUGCGUUUUCAGCUAAUCGCAAAUCCAAAUCUUCAUAAGAUGUAUGGACUCGCAGAUUAGAAGUCAUGCUCAGAAAUAUUUCCUCAAGGUUCAGAGGAAUGGGACUGAUGCACACGUACCCCCUCCUCGACCAAAGCGGAAAGCAGCUGAUACUUAUCCACUGGGAGAUUUAAAAGGUGGUCUCGUUUUCAGUUUAUUGAAGGCGGCAUAUCUACAUUAAAUGCUUAAAAUAUAACCUUUGUAGAUGAAGCUACUCACAAGGUAUCUGUACAGAUGUGGUACUGUUGGAAGCAUCAAUGCCUCAUCCUACGCCAGUGAUUUGCCCGAAGACUAGAACUCUGAUGGGUGACACAUCGAUGGUUAUGAAUUAUCCAGCAGGGGGAACUGUGCAACCGGUAGAUAAUUCAAUUUUUUUCCAUGUAAAUAAAGGUGCUCAUAUCGUAUUUGUUUGUUUCCAAUUAAUUUCGGCCCUUUUUUGCUAUUCGAGUCUCAUUACUGGGAUCCCAACUUAUGAUGAACGAAUUUGAGGCUGAUUAUACACUGGCAAGUGAUAUGAUGUUUGUAUCUCAGCUAAUGCUCACACGGUGGAAGGAAUAAAAGCUGGCAAUGGGAUUAUUCUGCCCAGUUCAAGUCAAUCCUUAUUAGAACAUGAGAUACCAAUUCAAGGACGUCCGAGCUUCUUACAGGGAGGUACUGAUCACUGUCUUUUCAAUGAUCCACGAUCGUUAUAGGACGGCUUUCUACUAUUGCUUGCUACUCCCUGGAGAGAAGUAGAUCAUGUUGUCAUCUACAUGCUGGAUUUUGUGUUGCAUACUUGCUGCGGGUUGGGUGGGGGUGGCUGGGCCUUUACCAUUCUGAAAGUAGUCUUUCUUCUGGUAAUCAUCUCUCUAUCCCUUAACCUCAUGGUUCGGGAAAGUACGAAGUGAGGAAAGAUGUAGAGAUUUUCUUACCCUUGAGUUAUACACCAGAAAGAACGGUUAUCUUGAGAAAAAAAUUCCAAUUAAGAACGCCAGUAGCUCUCUUCUUGCCACAUAACAGUGAACCUCAAGUUGGAUAUUUUUAUUCUUAAUUCAAUAAUGCGGUUUUAGAUCCUCAUCAAAGUCUUAAGCAGAAGAUUUGGAUGCCAUUACUUCUUCUGCCUAUGGUAAUCCCCAUUCAAUGGCGGUAUUAAAUCGUUUAUGUUUUUAAAAUUUUUUCAGCAUAUGUAUUAUAUCAUUAAUAGACAAGCGUAAAGAGAUUUAGCCGCCUAGUAUGUCGCAAAUGUGUUUAUUCCUAUAACUUUCUAGGUAGGUGAAGCAUCGUCUAUUGGCCUUUUUUUUUCAACUCACAGAGAUGUGAAGUUCACUUGUUUGUGGAGGAAAUUAAUUAUCUAGAAAAUUGAUGAGGCGCAUCAUCGGUAAUAUUUUUGUUGUUCCAAAUGGUGACAAGCUUUCUUGCAUCUAUUUUAUAGUUCUGCCAGACUUUUCAAGAGUAUACAGAUUCCUCGGAAGUUUAUUUGAUCCAAGCACCAAAGGCCAUAUUGAGAAGCUGAAGGAGAUGGAUCCGAUCGACAGUCAAACGGUAGGUCUCAUUUUCUUGUUGCACUGUUAAGAGUUAGAAGCCCUGAGUCGGACAAAUGCGAGAUCAAUGAUAACUAACCAGAAGAGAAAAAAGAUUUGAUGCAAAAAUUCUACAGUGAUGCACUCUCAGGGUUGAGAGCUACACCUAAUGAUUGACACUGGAUUUCACUAUCGACCCCAUGAGAGAUCACAAUGCGCUUCCCUUGCUUGCUGUCGUAAAAAUUUCCUGAUAUUAGGGCAUACUUUACUGCACCAGAGUAUCGAACAUACUCCUGAGUAAUAUACAUAUAUAUAUAUAUAUAUAUGAAAGAUCUGUGUGCCAACCCUUUUUCACGGUGUACAUUUAAUUUGCUCUAUGGUUCUGGUGGAACAAUCCAUGGUUCUGGUGAAAUCUCUAAUAGAUAUUUAUGAUGAUAGAGACUCUAGAUCGGGCGGUACCAGCUGGUUUGGCUGGAUAUAACUCGAUUGAGCUGGUUGAAAGCACCACUUCAAAGCAAUUCGACGAUCGUAUGAAAAUUUUCUUGCUUCUGAUUCAGUAUCUAACUAGGUUUAUCUCGGUUGACUCAGGAAGCUCUUUGUGAUUUGUGUGCUGGACAGGAAUACUAUUAGGAUUGAUCUUCAUCUUUAUGUGUUAGAUAAUAAACCCAUGCGUAAGUUGAGAACUCAUAGACUACAAAAAAAUCGUAAAUCCUACCACUACGACUGAGAACUUUAGGCAGACCAAACUACUUGGCAUGAAUUAAUUCUGGAGUUCUAGAUGCGGAUACAAUGUUCUUAGAUUAACAUAAUACCCUCAUUUAUUUUCCUCUAACGCAGCAUCAUGCAUGAAAUCUGAAUCAAGUGAUAUAUCAGGCAAGCCACGAACACGAUUCAUUUUCCCCAAAAAUUGAUGUGCAUUUUACCCUUUUAAAGCUACAGAGGGAUAUAAAUUCUGAAAUUCAUGUUGUCACUAGGUCUACUUUUUAAUUAAUGUUGCUUUGAAAUGAAAUUCUGAUGGAUUAGUGAGCAGAUGCUCUCUUUUGGCAAUGAGUGUUAAGAUAAAAUGGGAUUUAAGUGAUAUACAAUUAUUCCUCGAUUAAUUUUUUCCCCGAUUAUUGACGUGUACAGGAAUACUGGUUUUAUAAUCAAUUAUUCUUCUUCUUCUUCUUUUACCAAUUUUUAUGCGUUUUUAGGUCUUACUGUUGAUGAGAAACCUGACUACCAAGCUAUCAAGCAGCCACUUAGACCCAUUUGUGAGUAUUCAUAGCCCCAUCUUUGCUAGCAUGCCAUCACGGUUCCUAAUUCUUUUCCCUUUCUUAAUGCGGAUUUAAUACCACAAAUAGAACUGAAAAAUUAUCUAAUCAACAUCAUUUACCGAGUGCUCAGCCCACAUCCUCUGGAUGAUAAUUCUUGCCCUUUAUUUAUAUAUGGAAAAUCAGCUUUUGAUGUAUUUACAUACCACAAAUAUUAUCGCCGUUGUUUCAGAAAAAAUGAGGUAGUAAAUCAAUAAAUUAUAUGAUCAUAUAAAUGCCUUCCAGUAUAUGAAGAUUUGGAAGAUUAUAUUCGGCUCGUUUGUCCAGCUCUUCCCUCUCUGAGAGCUUCAAUACACGCUUUCACUGUGCAGAAGGGGUUGCCCUCAUCUCACAGAGAAGACAACCAAGGUCCAGGAUCCUCCUCUACCAAGGUCGCUGUCACAGAUCUGUUCUUCUGUAAGCUUCUCGCCCAUCUUUCUUCCCCACUUAUUUCCUCUUCGCGGCCACACUAA